UUUGUUGACAAUUUAGUAGGCCUCGAUAAAUUUCAGGUGGUUGCUUUGCCGGAAUAAAAAGCAUUGCUGUUUCGUGAAAUUUGUUAUCAAUUUCUCCUACUACGAGUAUUCUUCGUCAACCGAUAAUUCUGGUAUCGCAACAAACCAUUAGGAUUAAUAAAAAUGGCUACCUCAAAGGUAACGUUUAAAAUUACGCUCACGUCGGACCCGAAGCUUCCAUUCAAAGUGUUGAGUGUUCCGGAAACGACACCGUUCACGGCGGUGCUUAAAUUUGCAGCGGAGGAAUUCAAAGUACCCCCGGCAACAAGCGCCAUCAUCACGGACGAUGGUAUCGGCAUCAAUCCGCAGCAAACGGCUGGCAACGUUUUCCUGAAACAUGGUUCCGAACUACGGUUAAUUCCCCGUGAUCGUGUCGGAUGUUGUUGAAGUGCCGCGUAAAGUGAACGAAUGUUUUCCGUAUUCCCGCUACUUUUUUGUUUUAUCCGGCAAAGUUUUGGUUCUUGCGCUGCUAGCAGUAAUGCCGCUUUAUUUAGCUUCAGAUCGCUUGAAUAAUGUGAUAUACAAUAUACUACUUCAUGCGCAGCGAUGAGCAAACGAUGCAUAUUUACCGAUUUGUUGGAUUUGUCUAUACGAAUAAAUUUAUUCUUUUGUAACCGU